UCACCUUGAAGAAUCAUUUGGUUAAAAAACCAGGCCAUUGUGCAUGAAAAAAACAGAGUUUAAAUCAGAGAUGCUGAUGGUGUGCUUCCAUGUACUCAUUUGGCCCACCUGAUAAAUGAGUAGGGUUGAUUUUUGUGCCAGCUGACCUACAUGGUGGGUCACAUUUCUUCAUGGUUCAAAUAUCCUAUACGUGACAUAUUGGCACAUGUGAUUAGUUGUAUCUUAAGCUAAGCAACAAUGGAUUGUAUGUGAUCAUUACUUUUCCUACAAAAAAGAACCACCCAUUUGGUGGCUCCCCAUCGAAUGGAGGGACCAUCUAAGAAGUGCAAUCUUGGGCAAUUCCCAUCCAAACUGAGGCCCACAAUUCAGAUGGUCAGGAUUUAUGUGCAUAUACACUACAUAUAGGGUGGACUUGUAUUCUGAGUAUGAUCUACAAAACUCCUCUUUUUUAAUUCUGACUUUAAUUGAGGGAUUUUUUUUUUUUCCUUCCUUUUUGCAAGCAGAGCUAAUGCUCUUUGGGCUCCUAUCAUUGUUGUUGGGUCAUUGGACGAUUUGGGUAGCCAAGAUAUGCAUUAAAUCUUCAUCAUUUAGCAGUCACUUUUAUCCGUGUGCGAAGGAAAGCUACAAAAGUGGGGUGAUGAAUGUGAAACAUUUGCUGGUUGAUGAUUUCUAUCGCUUCAAUUACACACGUUCUCGAGACCAGGAGAUGAGUAGUCGGCAUCGUUACUGCCCUGAGGGUCAUGAACCAUUUGCUUCAUAUGAGAGUGUUGAGCAGCUCCAUCGCUUAUUGAUUGUUCUUGCCAUCGUUCAUGUUUCUUACUGCUUUGUCACUGUUGCUCUGGCCAUGCUUAAGAUCCAUGGCUGGAGGAGUUGGGAAUCACAAGCAAGGUCGAUGGCUAUUCCAAGCGAACAAGGUUCCUUGGGGAUUGAUUUGAAGAAAGUGGUAAUUAGGCGCCAAUCAACUUUCAUAUGUCACCAUACAUCACAUCCAUGGAGCCAAAACAAAGUUCUCAUUUGGAUGCUGUGUUUUAUCCGCCAAUUUUGGAGUUCAAUAAACAGAGCUGACUAUUUGGCGUUGCGCUUGGGCUUCAUUACUAAUCACAACCUUCAUCUAUCCUAUGAUUUCCAUAAUUAUAUGCUUCGUAGCAUGGAGGAAGAAUUCCGGGAUAUUGUCGGCAUCAGUGUCCCACUUUGGGGUUAUGCCAUAACUUGCAUGCUUGUAAACAUUCAUGGUACAAAUGCGUACUUUUGGUUGUCUUUCAUUCCAGCUAUUUUGAUCCUGCUAGUGGGUACAAAACUACAUCAUAUAGUGUCGCAGUUGGCUCUCGAAGCCAUGAAUGCAAGUCACCCUAUGGGAUGUCAGUUAAAGCCACGAGAUGGACUCUUCUGGUUUGGGAAGCCCAAACUGCUUUUGUGGUUAAUACAAAUAAUUUCUUUUCAGAAUGCAUUUGAGAUGGCAACAUUUAUAUGGUCAUUGUGGGAAAUAAAGGGACCAUCAUGUUUCAUGAAGAACCGUGUGUUCCUUAUUAUCAGAUUGGUAUCAGGGGUUGUUUUUCAAUUUUGGUGUAGCUAUAACACAUUUCCCCUAUAUGUUAUCAUUACUCAGAUGGGUUCGAGAUUUAAGAAAGCUGUAAUCGCCGAAAAUAUCAGAGGAUCGCUUCAUGGGUGGCUUAAGAGAGUGAAGGAUAAGUCUAGACAUGAUUCUCAUCAUCUCAACCUUACAACCACACGAUCAAACACGUCUUUGGAAUCUAUGGCGGAAGAGAUGGAUGAACCAGACAAUCCAUCCUCAGGCACUGUAUCAGGAGUUGAACUGGUGCCAAUCAUGCAAGAACCGACCUUUGUGAUAUCAGACGAGAUUUACGAGCAGCCUGAAGGUGAUGACUCUUUGGAGGUUCUGCAUUGUUCUGAUCCUAUCUACGAUCACUCUGAUGAUGGUGGUGAUGAUGGUAAUGGUGAUUGUGAUGACCAUGUAAGGAAUGAGUCAUGUCUACUUCCGCCUUCAGGGAGCGUUUAGUUAUCUUGGAAAGAGCUACAAGUUCUCUUUACCUUAUUGCAAUGCCAAUUCCUAUGAUUGGCCUAGUGGGCCUAUUAUAAUCCAAUGAGUGGGACAAUGGAUAAGAAAGGUCUGCUGUGGAUUAGUCAUGUCUAUGAUCGUAUGGCUGAAACUAUUUUGUUAAGGGACUACCAAACAAACAAUGACACCAUUUUUGCUCUUACCAUCCAUUUGCAUACCCUCUGUUGUAUGGCUUUGAUCACCCCACCGAAGCAAUCAACAGUGGACCACUCAUGUGUAAUGGUCGCUAGUGAUUAUCCACGAGCCCACCUGAACCCUACUAGGAUUUUUCCUUGGUAUAAGGUAAUAAUAAUUCGCAUCAGAUCAUUGCUCAUUUUGAAAAUACUCGUCUUUAUUGUGGCAUGGAAGUUGCUUGAGAAAAACAAGGUGUGUGUAAAGAUUAUGAAAAUGCUUGCUCUUUGUUAGCUAAGCUUUCAAAACAAUGGUGCCAAGGUGAAG